CGAGAGGAGUAGAGGCGGGCGGCUGAGCGGGCCGGUUGCGUGCCAUGGCGGAACCGCUGAGGAAACGGGGCCGACCGUCCCGAGGCGGUGGCACCGGUCGUGGAGCUCGGGGAGUACGGGCGGGCCGGGGUCGGCAUCCUGGCGCUCAGAGUUCCCAAGUUCAGCGCACCCUGGACUCGGUCCUUGUGGAUCUGGUCAGCGACAGCGACGAAGAGAUCUUGGAGGUCAACGAGGCGUGCGCCCCCGCGGACCCUCUAGAGACCCCGCCGCCCCAGCCCCCAGCGCCGCCGGCCAGGUCCCACAGCGACAGCGACAGCGAAGGGGCGGACGCCCGGCCCGACGGGGCCCCGCGGGCUGUGGUCAGGCGGCGGCGGCGGCGGCUGCUGCUGGACCCGGGGGAGGCGCCCGUGGUGCCGGUUUACUCAGCCAAGGUGAAGAACAGCCUCCGCCUCAUCCCCAGUCACCUGUCCCUCCUGAAACUCUGUCCCCCAGGCGCUGACGAAGACUUGGAUGUCGCAGAGUCUAGUGGUCCUCACACUGAGGAACCCCCAGUCUCCGAGUCUUCUUGGGAGAAGAAGCUGAGAAGUCAGAAUAAAGAGGAGGAGACCAUGUUUGAGACUCAGGACAUCUUGCCUUUGCCCCCCCCUCUGCCAAGGACCAAAAGCAGAAAGCACACCCGGGCACUGCAGAAGCUCAGGGAGGUGAACAAACGCCUCCAAGAUCUCCGCUCCUGCCUGAGUCCCAAGCAGCGCCAAGGCCAAGACCCCCUGAACCAAGAGGAUGAGGUGGUCCUAGUGGAGGGGCCCAUCCUCCCAGAGAGCCCCCGGCUCUUCCCACUCAAAAUCCGCUGCCGGGCCGACCUAGUCAGGUUGCCUGUCAGAAUGUCGGAACCCCUGCAGAGCGUAGUGGACCACAUGGCUGCUCAUCUCGGGGUGUCCCCAAGAAGGAUCCUCUUGCUAUUUGGAGAGACAGAAUUGUCCCCUACUGCCACCCCCAGGACCCUAAAGCUUGGAGUGGCUGAUAUUAUCGACUGUGUGGUGCUGGCUAACCCUCCGGAGGCCACUGAGACGUCCCAUCUUCUCCAGCUGCGCGUGCAGGGGAAGGAGAAACACCAGAUGCUGGAAGUCUCACUGUCACCGGAUUCUCCCCUCAAGACCCUCAUGUGUCACUACGAGGAGGCCAUGGGACUCUCUGGCCACAAGCUGUCCUUCUUCUUUGAUGGGACGAAGCUUUCAGGCAAGGAGCUGCCGGCUGAUUUGGGCAUGGAAUCGGGGGACCUCAUUGAGGUCUGGGGCUAACAGCCCAGUUUUUGAGCCCAAUCUGGCCCAGAGGGACUGGCAGAAACUCAUGGAGAACUUAUCUGGAUGCCGAUGGCUGGCAAAAUCAAGGAUUGAUCUUUGACACCCCCCACCCCCGCCCUUCCCCUUUGCCCUUGGUCUCAAGCCACUGCUUAAUAGGUUAAUUCUGUGGUUUUGGUUCUUGAUUAAUUUUGUGGCCGUUGUCACUGCCAUGUGGACUGUGGCUCCCUCCACAGGGUGUGUCAAGCUUUACAGCCCCUGGGACUUAGAGAAACUAUCCUUCAGCCCAUCUCUCACCCCACCCUCACACUUGCUCAAAACAUCUUCUCUGUGAAGGCACUCAAUGUUUAGGGUGAGCUGGAGCACAGACAGGGUUUACCCCAAGUCUGGGGGCAGCAGUGUGUGUGUGUGGGGGGAGGGUAUGUCUUUAAGAGCCAGAGGGAGGAGGUGUGGUUUGCUCCAGGCACAUAUGUGCCUGUGGCGGGCGCAUUGACUUUGAGAAAGCACUCAGGCUCAGCAGGCCUUAGCAGAAGCAUGGGAGGAGACAGGCCCAGUGCAGCCCCUUUUCCAGGCAAACAUCCACCUUCAAGGCAUACCUGAACACCUUCGGCCUUUGUGUGUCCAUCGCAGGAUUACUGUCCACCAGAAGCUUCUCUGGCUUUCAGACUUGUUUCUUUUUCUUCUCGACAUUCUCUCCCAUAAGCACACUCUCAUGUUGCCGACAUGUCUUCAAAUGUGAAUGUGCUACUGUAAAGUGCGUUGUGUGUGUGAAUAUGUCUUUAUAUGUGUGGUGUUUUCCUACAGAUAUGUGCUGUUCUCUUUCUUUUACUCAAUGUUUGUCACCUGUUCAAUGUCCACAUUGCUCUGAACUGCUCUGCAGCCUCCGAGGGGAGGCGGCAACACAUUUUAUUUCCCUUUGCUGAGUGCUGGGCACUGGGGAACCUCCCGCUCCCCAAUAGAAGCCACUGGGGACACCCUGCCACCUGUCCCCUUCUGUGUCUGGGUGGUUAAGUUUCCCAGCACAGCUGCCCUGGAUGGGACAACAGACCAGAUUUUCCUUGAGCGUGACCAGCCCCCCAGUUUGGGGCUUCUGCCCCCGUAUCCUCACCAAUAGUCGUCACUGCUCCUCUUUCUGGUUUUUGCCAGCUUGAGGGUUGUGAGGUGUCCUGGUGGGGUCACAGUCAUGGGGGAGUUUCUCCACAUCCCAACCACCCCUCCUGUGAACUGCUCCUUCCCCUCCGCUCAUUUUCUCAGGGGCUGCCUGGCUUGUUGUUUGUCUGCCUCCAAGUGUUGUAGCUGGCAUUACUUCUGUGUGUCUAGGGGCGUCCUCUGCUGAGUGGGAAAGUCUUCAUUUCCAUGUAGGCGAAUCAACUCUCUCCUGUGUUGUUUGGGGACUCCUUAUUUAAAAGCAAUUAACUUAUUUUAUGUUUUCCCUCUGUUCUUAGUUAGACACUGCCUAUCUAGGCCACUGAGGUCCUGCCUGACUUUUUUUUUUUUUUUCUCGCUGGCUGAGGCCAGGCUUGACUGGCUCCUAACUACUAACUAGUACUCUAAGCUAGUUGGAGUUCACCUUUGUAUGUGAGAUCCAGCUUCCAUCUUCACGAGUAGUUUGCUCAGUGCUAUCUACUACUAAGGUCAUUGAUUUUUUUUCCUCCCCUACUGAUAUGGCGUCAUUUAGACAAAACUACAUUGCCUUCCUAAAAGUAUUUUUGCUGGAAAGUGACAUUCAUCUGAACUUAGAAUAUGAGAAAAACAGAAACCUUGCUGACACUUCAGUAAUCUAUGGUAUGGUAUGAAUUUCAGUUCUCUUAAGAUCUUUUAUGUCCAUUCAUGUUUGAACACAUUAAAGCUGUGUACUCAGUCUAAACAGAAUAAAUGAGGAAUUGGCCAA